AUGACCCAUCGCGGGCAACGACGGACAAGACCAAGUGGUGUGAGUGAGUACCACCGAUCAGCAGGACAUGACACAGGAGAUUGCUUUACUCUGAAGAAUGAAAUCAAGAGGCUCAUCCGAGCAGGCCGGUCACAGCUGAAUGAACGUGGCAAACGCUGGAAUGGAGAGCGACAUCAGGGGAACAGGUACAGGGGGUCUCGCCAACAAGAUGAACGCCGACGGGAGGAACGUCGCCAAACGCCGACUACUGACAAAAAUGAGACGUUGGCUGCACGAAAGAAGGGUGCAGAGGAAACCUUUAAUAAAGAUCUUGAACCGCCGGUUGGCACGAUAAAUACAAUUGCAGGUGGUUUCGGUGGGGGCGGUGCAACGACCUCAGCUAGGAGAAGACACGCUCGGGCGGUGACGUCGGUGCAACAAUACGAGACUCCUUUCAGUUUCCAGCAUCCUGACAUAGUAAUUUCAACGGCAGACUUUGAGGGGGUUAAGACGCACAAGGAUGAUCCUAUAGUUGUCAUGAUCAGGAUCAACAGUUUCAACGUCCGCCGAGUUCUUCUGGACCAAGGCAGCUCUGCUGAUAUCAUCUACGGAGACGCAUUCGAUCAGCUGGGAUUAACGGAUAAAGAUUUAAUUCCCUAUAUCGGGACUUUGGUGGGGUUUUCAGGCGGGCAAGUUUGGGUGCGAGGAUACAUAGAUUUGGAUACAAUCUUCGAGAUUGAUGAGAAUGCCAAGCUCCUUCGUGUGAGAUACCUCGUCAUACAGGUCGUAGCUUCAGACAACGUCAUUAUAGGAAGGAACACACUUAACCAUCUUUGUGCGGUAAUCUCCACGGCUCACCUGGUGGUUAAGUAUCCGCUGAUGUGCGGAAAAGUGGGAAAGAUUGCAGUCGACCAAAGGCGAGCCAGAGAAUGUUACAAUAACUGCCUCAGCAUGUACGGCAAAAAAGGAGCUGGCGAGGGAAAUCGGUGUCAUGAAAUAGAGAUUCAAGAGGGAAAUCAGAACAAGAGGGGUAAGUAG